CCCCGGGGCAUGCCGGGAUGGGGCCGCCUCUCGCUGACCUCCGCCGAGCCGCCAUGGCAGCGUCGCCGGUCCUUAUCCUGCUCCUCGUCUUGCUGCUGGAGGAGAUGGCGGCAGGAGGCGGCGCAGCGCCAGCCUGGGACGCGGCCGGUUACGUGCUCUACUGUCCCUGCAUGGGCCGGUUCGGGAACCAGGCCGAGCACUUCCUGGGAGCCCUGGCCUUCGCCCGCGCCCUCAACCGGACCCUGGCCGUGCCGCCGUGGAUCGAGUACCGCCACCACCGCCCGCCCUACACCAACCUGCACGUACCCUACACCGAGCACUUCAGGCUGGAGCCGCUGCUGCGAUACCACCGUGUUAUCAGCUUGGAGGACUUCAUGGAAAAGCUGGCGCCCCUUCACUGGCCACCUGGCAAGCGAGUGGCCUACUGCUUCGAAGCGGCAGCUCAGAGGAGUGCUGACAAAAGUACCUGUCCCAUGAAGGAUGGAAACCCAUUUGGUCCCUUCUGGGAUCAGUUUCAAGUGAAUUUUGAUAAGUCUGAACUCUUCAAGGGAAUUUCCUUCAGUUCUGCAUACAAGGACCAUUGGAUCCAAAGGUUUUCACCCUCUGAGCACCCUGUACUCGCCUUACCUGGAGCUCCAGCCCAAUUUCCAGUCUUAGAGGAACACCGGCCCCUCCAGAAAUACAUGGUGUGGUCUGAUGAAAUGGUGAAGAAAGGAGAGGCCUAUAUUCAUUCUCUGCUGGUCAGGCCCUAUGUAGGAAUUCACCUGAGGAUCGGCUCAGACUGGAAAAACGCCUGCAAUAUGUUAAAGGAUGGGACAGCCGGGCCACACUUCAUGGCUUCACCUCAGUGCGUGGGCUAUGACCAAAGCGCUGCAGUCCCUCUUACCAUGGACAUGUGCCUGCCAGACCUCAAAGAGAUCAAGCGUGCUCUCAAGCUCUGGGUGAAAAAGACAGAAGCUAAAUCUGUUUAUAUCGCUACUGAUUCUGAGCCCUACACAACGGAAAUACAGCAGUUUUUACAAGAAAAGAUCAAGGUUGUAAGCUUGCAGCCAGAAGUGCCUCAGAUUGAUUUGUACAUCCUCGGUCAGUCUGAUCAUUUUAUUGGAAACUGUGUCUCUUCGUUUACUGCCUUUGUGAAAAGAGAGCGCGAUGUGCAUGGAAGACCCUCUUCAUUUUUUGGUAUGGACCACCCACCAAGAUUACGGGAUGAAUUCUGACCAGAAGAGGAACAGGCUCCAUGGUUCUCAGGCCUCUGAGCUUGGUACCGUGCUAAGGGACCACUCGGCACUGUGUUCUGCAUGCAGAACACACUGCCAGGCUGCCACAGGCCUGCUUCAGCCCUGUGAUACUCCUCACAAUGGCUUCUAGACUGUUUUGUCUGUCUUCUCCUAUAUUUUCAGUGUGAGGUCAGGCAGAAAAGAAAUUUUAAAUCAUAUAGUUUAUGGAAAAACUAUAAACUAUGUACAGUUUUUUAGAUGUAGUUUAUAUAGCUCUCCAUUCUCACUGUUUGGGGUUUGCCAGCUAUCAUGAUGAAGCAGCUGCUCAGGUGUCCUCUUCUUCAUAUUUUUUUUCCCGUUAAAUCUUAAAUUUUACUUGGAGAAGUUGUGAAACUUCUUGUCCAAAACUGACCAUAAGUUCUCUUUAAGUGCAGAGUAUUUUCAGGCAUAUUGCGGUCCCUGGAAAGAAAGUGCAAAGUAGAGCUCUGGACUGGAAAUUACCUCUGGGUUUUAUCAGGUGCCACUGUUGCCUUACUAGACCUAUGUCACCUCAGUGCCUCAGUUUCCAUUUCUAUGUCAAAAGACAUUUCAUACCUGCUCUUCAGCAGUGCUUUGGGGCACCUGGAUCUCUUCAGCGGCACUAGAGAAGUGCAGCAGGGGCAUGUUUUAAUGUGCUGCCUUUUCAGCCUGUCUUUGUGUUGAACUGAGGAGAAGGCGUUUGCGGGAACACAGGCAGGAGAUCUUUCAUAGCCAGUUGAGAGUUGGAGAUUUAGGGCUUGUAGCUUUGUAGCUGUUGAUGUCAGGUGGAGGUCUGUGGUCGGAGUGAAACUGGUUUUGAGCUAAGACUUCUAAAGUAGCUGUAGUGGGGUUGGUGUAUGUUGUACCUAGGUCUAUGGUAAUGGCUUCUGUUUUCUUACUAUAUUUUGUAAAAAAACCCCUCUGACAACACAGCUCUUGUCUGCAGGAGUAGUUCCCUGUGGAAAUUGGUCGCUGAUGGUGAAACAGCAGCCCAAACCCCUUUGUUUGGCCCAGUGCAGUUUAGUGCUGGUAACACCAAUAAUCUUGAUGUGAGACUCAGCUUGGCUGAUGCCUUCUGGUACUCCUGUGAUGUUCUUUUUCUUUUAUCCAAAGACUGAGUACAGAACUUGCUGUUGCUUUUUUAAAAAUGCCACUGAAUUGAGUCAGUGGUACCGGGACUGGCUGCCUCUAGUGUGCUACUGUGGUCUCAACGGUGCUGUCGUGGAGCGUUUACAGGGGUUUAACUCUAAAUGUCUUUUUAGUGGUGGGAUUUUUCCUUCUUGAAAAUGUUCCUCAGUUUUGAAGGCUCAAGGGAGUGACCAAAAGAAGGCUGAACUAGCAGGUCCCCAAGUGUCAGGAUGGCAGAGGCUCUCAUCUCUUGUUUCCUUGGUGCUGGCUUCCAGAAACUGGGGAACUGGGUGGUUGCAGGGCCUGGGGCAGCUGGGUGCCUGGAAACCUGCACACUCCUGGGUGUUUCACAUGGCUUCGUCUUGGAUGGUGCCAUCGGGGCUCCUUGCCGCAGGGCAGGGCAAGGGCAGCCUUUCCGCAUAGUGUUGGGAAAACAAUGUAUUGAAACGGUUGUGUGUUUGGUUUUUGGUUUUUUUUUUUUAAACGUAUUUCUUGUAAUAAUAAAACCUCGAUUUUAUAUUCA